CGGCGCGCUCGGCUUUCGGCUCCUCAGGCCUGUCCCGCUCCGCUCCGCCUGGCGGCUUCCAGGUUGGGCGCUGGGCUGAGGCAGGCAGUAGGCGUCGAGCGGCUGCGCUAAUCGAACCGCCCCGGGCGGGAGCGCGAGCGCGAGGGGAGGAGUGGGCCGCGCGGGGUGGAGGAAGCAGCCUCGCGCUGAGGAGGGAGCAAUUGAAUUUCAAACACAAACAACCGCACGAGCGCGCCCCGAGCCAAGCGUUGCCCACCGCGCCCGCCCCGUCCGAGCGGCGCGCGGGCGCAGACGCCGUGGCUGCUCCCGAGCUCGCGCCGGGGGCCACCAUCGAGGCGGGGGCCGCGCGAGGGCCGGAGCGCAGCGGCGCCGCAACCGCCGCACGCGCAAACUUGGGCUCGCGCUUCCCGGCUCGGCGCGGAGCCCGGGGCGCCCGCGGCCCCGCCAUGUCGCGAUCCAACCGGCAGAAAGAGUACAAGUGCGGGGACCUGGUGUUCGCGAAGAUGAAGGGCUACCCACACUGGCCGGCCCGGAUUGAUGAGAUGCCUGAGGCUGCAGUGAAAUCAACAGCCAACAAAUACCAAGUCUUUUUUUUUGGGACCCAUGAGACGGCAUUCCUGGGCCCCAAAGACCUCUUCCCUUACGAGGAAUCCAAGGAGAAGUUUGGCAAGCCCAACAAGAGAAAAGGGUUCAGCGAGGGGCUGUGGGAGAUCGAGAACAACCCUACAGUCAAGGCCUCUGGCUACCAGUCCUCCCAGAAAAAGAGCUGCGUGGAAGAGCCUGAGUUGGAGCCUGAAGCCCAUGAGGGUGAUGGUGAUAAGAAAGGCAACACAGAGGGCAGCAGUGAUGAAGAAGGGAAACUGGUCAUUGAUGAGCCAACCAAGGAGAAGAAUGAAAAGGGAGUGUUGAAGAGGAGAGCAGGGGACAUGCUGGAGGACUCCCCUAAACGUCCCAAGGAGUCAGGAGACCAUGAAGAGGAGGACAAGGAGGUGGCUGCCUUGGAGGGCGAGAGGCCCCUACCUGUAGAAGUGGAGAAGAACAGCACCCCCUCUGAGCCAGACUCUGGCGGGGGACCUCCUCCAGAGGAAGAGGAGGAGGAAGAGGCUGCCAAGGAAGAGGCUGAAGCCCAGGGUGUCAGAGAUCAUGAAAGCCUGUAGCCACCAAUGUUUCAAGAGGAGCCCCUGCCCCGUUCCUGCUGCUGUCUGGGUGCUACUGGGGAAACUGGCCAUGGCCUGCAAACUGGGAACCCUUUUUCCACCCAACCCACUCUGCUCCUUUGCUCACUUUUGCUCAUUUUCUUGGCCCUCACUUCCAGGUCCCUCCGUAUACCCUGUGACGGGGCCAUGUGCUCCGGGAUGAGAUGAGGCCGUUGUAUCUCCUUAGAUUUGUUUCCUAGGGUUUCUGUUGGGGUCUGGGCUGCUGUUUCCAUGAAACUCUUGACACCUCUGCACUCCUGCAGGCAUUGUAGACCUUUGGGCUGGGUUGGGGCAGGAGCGGAAGUGAUUAUAAACUUGAGUGUGGGUCUCUGGGUGGCGUCUCCCGAGCGCCUGUCCCCUGCACCCACACCUGCUUUCUCAUCUGCCUGUAUUCAAGAAAGGGGACACUGUGGGAGAGAGGCUCCCACCCAUAAAUCCUUGGUGAUUUUGAGAACACUUUUUUUCCUGACCCCAGGUUUCAAGGAAUUGUAGUUUUAACAUCAAGACUUUGGGUUUUCCAAGUUGUUAGGGCCAAGGACCUGGAAAGAGCUGAGAUCUGAAGGAUUGACUCAUCGUUUGCAUUGAGUAAAAGUCUCUUUAGAUCUCAGGUCAGAGAUGGUAACAUGAGGAGACCCUGCUGCCUUCUUCCCACUUCCUACAAUUCCCAAGGCCAGCCGAUAGUCAGAUAUUUCACCCAGACAUAAAGGAGAAGACACAUUUUUUAGGAAAUGUUUUUAAUAAAAGAAAAUUACAAAAAGGAAAAAAAAAAAAGCAAACCUGUUAAUCCCACCCCUUUGUGCUCCCCAUUCUGCUCCCACUGCUGACCCAUUUCUGAGCUGCACCAGGAGGCUCACCUGUUCGGGUUGGUGGCUUUGUCUUUGGAGGUGGGCCUUUGAUGUUCUUCCAGAGUUGGUCCUCUGGUGUUGCCACACAUCCAGUUUGUAGCCCACUGAGAAUACAGGGAAAAGUGUCCUCUCCCAGCCUCUUUUAGUGGUUUCUUAUGUCCCUUUUCCUUCUCUUGUCUUUUACUCCCAUCCCUCCUUUGGGCUCUGAAGAAAAAUUGCUGACUGUAGCUUUGGAAGUGUAGCUCUGAGAACCAUAGACAAUUUGAGUUCUAGGAAAAUAAAGCCGUUGAUUACUAUCCUGA